CAAAGCGUCAACGCGCGUUGUUGAUCGACUGACGGACGACGACGAGGGGAUGAACCUUCUCCGCCCGAUCUGGCUUUACGCGCGUAUACGCGAUGCGCGAUGUGAUUGCGGCGGGCGACCGACCGACCACCUUGCGCUCAAUCACUCAUGAUUUGCUUGUAUAAAAGGAAGAUGCGAGCCCCAAAGAUAGCUAGAACUUCUUCGGCUUGUCCGAUCGCGGGAUGCCCCUGGGGGCUGGGGUAGCUUGAAGAGGCAAGCACGGAUCGAGAGAAUGAUGACGGCGAUGUCGAUGAUGCUGAUGAUGAUGCUGAUGACGAGGAUCGCGUCUCUUCAUCGAAGUGGAGAAUAUCUUUUCCAUCCCCAAUGUCCAGCUCCUGCUCGCUAUUAGUUCGGUUCGGUCGGUGCUGGCGAGUGGAAGCAGAGUUCUUGGGGUCUUCGGUCGAGUGAAGAUAACUCCGGAAGAAGAAUAUAGGACUAGGGACGGUGCCUGUCUGCUGUUAUUUGUAAUUGUGAUCGAUUUGUUUGUAGCCGUUUGAAUGCCGUGGGAAUUUUUUAGUGUCGGUUGUUUCGUCGUCGUCUCGUCGUCGGUUGAUGAGCGGUUCGUGGUGGCGUUGAUUUGUGAGGUCUGAAGGCCUUUGUGGAUAUUAGAAUUCUAGAUUGUUUUCCCAUUAGUGCUGCUCUAAAGCUGCUUCUCGGAACGGGUUAAACAAACUUUUAGUGCCACUCUGUGGUCCUGUGGUCGAGUGCCAUCCCGCUGCUACAUAAUAAAGUUGAAGAUCAACAAGCAAGACGGAGCAAGUGCGCGAUAAAAAGAAAUCGCUCUCACCAUCACGAAUUCAAAUGAGAUGCAAAUUCCGUCGUCAGUGAUAAUGCGAUUAUUAGUGAUUUUGAGCGCUACGCUGGUGACCGCCACCGUCGUCGUGCGGGCUGGCACUCUGGUGUCCCGUUCCGAUUCCGAUGUUGUAACGGCGUCGAUGUCGCCGACGGUUGGUACCGGUGAGACCGGAAGUGCGGUUGGUGGAGGUGCAGUGUUGUUUUUGAGGCGACCCUCGGGAGUGGUGGCGCCCACCAACGUGGGACUGCCACGACAAAGGUCGAUACAGGAUGGCAGCUUGGCGGUUGGAGUGCAGUCCACCACCACUGGUAGUGGUGGGCAUCCGUUGAUGUCUUCUGCGGCAGUGCCUGAGAAGAAUGUCUACCGUACGAAGCUGUCCAAAUUGAAGUUGAUCCUGUUGGCCGACAUGCUGAACGAUGUGCCACCGCCGCUGGAAUUAAUCACUUGCCUGGCGCAUUCGUCGCCGCUCAACGUCACCACCAAGCACUGUGCCUGCGAGACGUACUCCUGUAAAGAUUUGCUGACUUCAUCGUCGAGUUCAUCACCUUUCAACUCGGUUAAUCAGAGAAAAAUACACACAACGUGUCGUGACUAUUGUUGUCGGAAGAAGAAAUUCAACCGUUCGAUCGACCCUUCGCUACAGAAUGCAGUGGCUGCCGCCUUCCGCCACAAGGCACUCGCUACGUCGCCACCCACCGAUAAAUUCACACCCGAUGUCAGUGGUGGGCAGGCCACAUCCUCAUCAUCCUUGAGCUCUUUAUCGUCGUCGUCAUCAGUGCAAUUGGCUCAACAACCGAUUAUGGUGGCACGCCAAUCACCUGCACGGCGGAGAUGCGAAGGUAGCACCGUUAAUCAAAUUGCAAUUCCGAGCGUUGAGCAGCACUACAGCAGCGAAGACCCAACCGGAACCAACCAAGCUCAUCCGGUACGGCAACCACAUCAGCACCAGCAUCAGCAUCAGCAGCAACAACAACAGAAUCUUCCCUGGUUGUACCGGGUGAUUUUAAUUGAAAAGGGACUCACAAUUUGCGCUGGCACGUUAAUCCAUCCGAGCGUGUUGCUAACCACUGCAGUUUGCGUGAUAAACAAAAAUCCCGACCAGUUAAUUGUGCGGCGUCAGUCAACCGCAAUCAACCGAAUGGCUGCCGGCGAUGAACAGUCGCGUGCCAUUACGAGGAUCGUCAUACCGGACCAGUACGCGACAACGUUCGAGCGUUUGGAAAACAAUGUUGCCCUGCUUGUUCUGGAACAGGACAAAGGCAAACAGCAGCCACAGCCCGAUGAGGAAGAUAACUCGGUGUUCAAACAGACUCUCUUCAGCAACAUCAGCAGAACUGCCGGCAUAGCCAACCCUAUCCCUGUAGUAGAUGCUCCGUCCACCACCCAGCAGCAGGCAGCCCUUGGCAAUCGAAGAAACAACUCUUCACCACCCCCGGCGCAGUACCCCCCUUCGGAGAGUUCUGCACCUUCUGGUAGCCACCAACCGGAAUCGUCUUCGUAUAUUUGCUUAUCAUCAAUUAUAAAUCAUCCUCCGUCGGCAAUGGCCAAUAUUUGUCAAACUUACUCUUGGAAGAAACUACGGAAAACUGCCAGGUCGCCAACUGGAAGCACUGGAAGCCACCGGAGGCAGCGGCAAAACCAACGACAACGAAGCCGACCCAUGGUGCGACAAAACCGAAGCAACAACGGCCGUCACGGCGGUGGUGGUGACGAUGGCACUAAUUACAUAACGGCAAAUAUUAGCAUUUUUCCGGCCAACAACGGGAGCGAGUGCCGGCGGGAACACCGGGACUAUCUGCAGCACCAGGGAAAUCUGUGUGCCGGACCGGUGGACAAAAGUCGCAGCUUGCAUGUGGACCUAACCGGAUCGCCACUGAUUUGUACCGAGCGGGGUGACGACGGAACGGCCCGGGUGGAGCUACGCGGUUUACUGACCUGGUCGACGGACAUCAACCGGGCGCCCCAUCUGUUCACCAACGUGACCACCUACCGAAGUUGGAUCGAAGACGAGUUGGAUAAGCUGGAUCAGCAGCUGGAACUGUUGCAGCAAUCGUCGUAAUUAGAUUUAGGUGCUUUGCUUUUGGCUCGCCGUCGUCGUCGGUCAGAGGUGUCUUCUAGUGAGAUUGGACUUUUUUUUAUUUUUAUUAUUUCUUUUAAGUGAUACGUGAUAAGUCGAUUUACGGGGCAAUAAAAUUGCUUUUUAUUAUAUCUAAAUGUUUGAUGACGAGAGCUGUUUUAU